AUGGCAGCCGGACGAAGUGCAGCACUCAAGCUCGACUGGGCUAAGGUUACCCAAUCACUCGGACUCCGAGGCCAAACAGCCGCCUCCCUCCAGGCCUUCAAGAAGCGCAACGACGAUGCCCGCCGCCGCGUGCAAAUUCUCUCCGAGCAGCCAUCCAAGGUUGACUUUGCCCACUACCGCGGCGUCCUCAAGAACCAGGCUGUGAUCGACGAGAUCGAGAAGCACUUCAGCACGUUUAAGCCUGCGACCUACGACGUAGGCAGGCAGAUCAAGGCCAUCGAGGCGUUCGAGGCACAGGCCGUGAAGAAUGCUGAGGAGACCAAAGGCCGGGUGGAUAUGGAGUUGAAGGAUCUGGAGGCAACGCUGAAGAAUAUCCAGACUGCGAGACCGUUUGAUGAGCUCACUGUGGACGAGGUUGCUGCUGCUCGACCUGAUAUUGAUGAGAAGACUUCUCAACUCGUUUCCAAGGGACGCUGGUCUGUGCCAGGCUACAAGGAGAAAUUUGGCGACCUUUCCGUCUUGUAG